CCAAAGAUUGUGAGGAAGCCAUCUUGGCUCUAAUCACUGGUGCAGUCUGGGAGGAGGCGCUCAGACUGAUUUAUGUGCACAACAGACAUGAUAUCACUGAGACCAACCUGAAACCUGCUCUGUUAGAGGCUGUGAACUCUCAAACUGGGUUCUUGGAGGCUCAGGUUGCAACAUUUAACCGGCACCGGAGCCGUCUGGCUGUGGUUCGAGAGCAGAAAGAAAAGGCCAGACUGGAUAUGCUUGAUGAAGAAGGUCCAGACUGCCCUGAUGCUGAGCUGUACUCUGAAGCUAGCAGUGUGUUGACCGCGUCUAAAUACUCCCAGAGUAACUCCCGGAUCUCCUCAAGGUCGUCAAAGAACCGCCGGAAAGCGGAGAGGAAGAAGCUGAGUCUGAAGGAAGGAAGCCCAAUGGAGGACAGAGCUUUAAUGCACGCCCUGAGUGAAAUCAUCACCACCGUAGACAAGAUGAGAGAGGAGAUCCACAGCCUCCUUAAGGCCUUGGUGCUGUUCCAGUUCGAUAAACAGGCCGGGAAGCUGCAGCUGGCCUAUGAGGAAGCCCUGCAGACGAUGGAAGGAGCCGUUCCUGAGGUGUGGCCUGAAGGCCUGCUGAGCAGCAACGCUCCGGUAACGGGUCCAAACUCCACAGCCAACAGCAUCAUGGCUUCUUUCCAGCAGCAGCAGCAGAAACCUGCAGCAUCACAACCAGAUCCUGAGAUCCCAACAGCACCAAAGAUGAGAAACGGUGUCAAGUGGAAGCUCACUGUUCUUAAAUAAACAAAACACAUAGUAUUGUUUGAUUUAGGUUUUUUUUUAAACUGUAAUGUACAAUUUCAGUUGUAUAAUAAAGAUUCAUUUAACAUCUUCUGAUAC